AUGAGUGCUAAAACCACUACCGAGGCGAUGCAAGCGACUUCCGAUGAAUCGUACUUAAUCAGACGAAAGUUUGUUUGGACUGACAUUAUCACAAGUUGCUGCGACUGGCUUGGGCUUGCAGCCGGGCAAACUCGGCUCUUUGAGACAGAUCUAGCUCAUUUAAACUGA